ACUGCGAUUUGCAUUCGAUAAGUUAUAAGAUAAAAUAAGAAAUUCUUCAAUUUAAUUAAUAUUAUGAGCGAUAUUAUUGUUAAAUCUGAAAAGGACGAUGAUAUAGAUGUCAGCAAAACUCUAUCCGAUUUAACUGAACUUUUACAAGAGGUAAAAAAAGAAGAACAGAAGACUUUGUCCGACGUAGAGGAGGACACACCAGAAGAAAACAACAAAACCCCGGACGAAACAUUACCGGAAAGUUUCUUUGACGAUUUGUAUAGAGAUGAACUGGAAGCAGCUAGAGACGAUGAAACCACGGAUGCAGAUAUUCAAAAGCUCCAAGAAAUUAUUGCCAAAAAGAAGAGAAUACUUAAUGGAGAUGUUGAAAUUCCCGAAGUUAGCGUGCGCCGAAAAUCUCGAAGCCAGAGUCCAGAGCGGCACAAAAGAAAAGAACACGCACAAAAUGACGAGAAUCAACCAAAUGAAAGUCAAUCAAAACGACCAAGGACAACAACCGACUUACCCCAAGAUCGAAAUGAAUCAACAACAUCCGAUAGUCGACCUAAUGAUGACACCAGUACUCCACAACACCCAUCCGCGGCAAAUGAUUGUGAGCCAUCAUCGGUUGAACAAACUACUUCCACUGACCCAGAGUUAGAACUAGAGAAUCUUCUCAAAACAGAAGAUUAUAACUCGGACAAUGAAGAACCACCCGGAAUAUCAUUUAACAGCAACAUGCAGUCAAUGUACACAUUCCCCCCAAAUGCGAUGCCAAUGGUACCGUCAAUGUACAAUCCAGCAGCAAACCAAAUGAUGCCAAAUAUGACUACCGGAGGUUAUCCCAUGAUGUAUAAUAUGGGAUUUCCACCUGGAUUCUAUCCACCAAACAUGAUGAACAUGCCAAUGAUGGGCUAUGGCCUUCCACCAAUGAACGCUCCACAAUUAAAGGAUGAGACAGAAGUUCAAUGUCUUCCAGUAGUUAGUAGUACUUCGGGCUUACCCAAGAUUCCAUUUAAAAAAAUCAAAUUAGAAAAGGAAAAGGACACAACUCUGACACCACCGGCUGAGGAUCCUAAAAAAAAAGUUAUUGCUGCUUGCACAAGAUUAUUGGAAACAAUGAACAUUUCCCAAUCAACAGGAAAGUUUGUUUACACCUCGACAGUUACCAAAAACAAUAAUAUGCCAUUCUCCAACUCGGUCCUACAGAAAAUAACAAAUGUAAGUUACAAUUUUCAAUCCAUCGGUCCGAAACAAAAUCUCCAAGACUGGGGAUUGAAGGGAAUACCCAAUGGAAAUGCUGAAAUCGCAAAGAAAAUUUCCAUGAGUGCCGACAAGUAUUUUAGUAAAAUCUCAGAAAAUGCCAACACAAUUGCCCGAAAGUUAAUCAAACAAGAAGUUACUAAGGAUGAGCAAAACCGACUGGCACAAGAAGAAAUGGAAGUUGAAGAGACAACACUUUCGUCAUAUUUUAAAAACUCUAUGACUCAAACUGAAGCUAUAGUUUGUCGAGAAUGUGUUGCUAGAAAGCGUAUAGUAGGGCAUGACAUAGCAGUUCAGGCUUGCGUUUUUACCGGUAGCAUUGGCAGCCAAACAGAUCCCGAGGUGCGAUUCAACGAACAAUUAACCAAGGGAUUGAGUGAUAAUCAAUUGAAGGCUAUGUAUGAGUUUUCGUUGUUAAUUCGAGAGCCUCCAAAGAAUACGUCGGUAGAGCUUGUGAGAUUGCGAGAGCAACUUAUGAACAUGUACAAUUUGUCGCAAAGGCAACAUAAGGGGUAUGUGCCAUUUAUAGAUGCUUCCAUUUCCCAUCUGGGUAUGGGUCAUAGUUCAGCAAGAGACCCGCGCAUGGACAAUCAUCCUACCUCCGAUCCAAGAAGAUUCGCACAAGCCGAUGCUCAAAAUCAAACUGUACAUCAGCCUCCUCCAAUACAAACACCGCAACAAUUCAUUCCAAACUAUUCUCAACAUGCGAUGCAGACAGUAAAUCAACAAGUUCUGCCUGGUCAGUACCCCGGGCGAAUGAGGAAUAAUGAUUAUGAGCAUUUACAAGCUAGACCCCAAGAGCGUGCAAUGCAGAUGCCAAAUCAACCGAGGAAUAUAGGUCAUCCAAAUCAUGCUGGACAAUAUCCUGUUCAUGCGAUGCCUGAGAUUCAAGAUAAUGAAUUCGCACAGCAAGAUUCGCAGAUUAAACGAUACGGCCGUGGCGGGCUGCGCCGGUGAGAAAAUCGUUGUUCUUUAAUUUGAGUCCAAAGUAUUUUGAAGCUUUGCUGCUAAGAAAAAAUAGUACUAUGGUUAACUUUAGGUUAAGUGUUUUUUCUUUUUAUAAGUUUGAACUUUC